GCCUUGGCUUCCAUUGCACUCAAACUUGAAAUCUCACUCUAAUAUCAUCAGGCUUUAUACCAUAAGCAACAGCUCAUUAGGUUGCAUGAUUAAAGCCUGAAACAGUCAUCGACUGUUGGAUAGCAUUGACAUUGAAAUGGCAAUUUAAGUUCAGGAAAAGAAUGGACAUCAUCAUGUCGCUUUCGUUUUUAGUAAGGAGUAUGACAUUGAAAAAUCUGGUGGCAUCAAAAGUUGAAAGAAGCAAAAAUACGCUAGGUAGUUCAUUUUGUUAUUUAAGGCAACGCCAAAGGAGCGUAGCUGCAGGAGGAGAUUUGUUCUCCUACUGAAAAGGAUUUAGAUAGCGUGGUUUUGGUUCUUUGAUCUCAGGUGUUGAUUGAUACUCUAUGAGGGUUAAGCUUUAGACUAGUGGUGAGGUUGCUCUGUUUCGCUGUUUCAAGCUCUGGGUUAAAGUUUCCUGGCUUGUCUCCGACUACGGUAGAGAUGCUGUGGCUCAGCUUUUCCCCUUUAUAGUUAUAGAUGAAAAAAGCUAGUGAUUCUGUUGGAUUUGUGGAUCGUGGGGUGUUGCCUAUUGUUCUUCCUCCUGAAGCUUGUUGAUUUGCUCAGUUGUGUUUGCUUUAGAUGGGAGCAAUCGCUUCUAAAGUCCUUUGGUUGAAGCCAGCUGCUCAGAUGGUGUUUGCUUGAUGUGGGCAGUGAUGCCAGUAGUUUUGCUCAUCUUCCAAAGUUGAGAUUUUGGUUUCGAUAUUAGAUUGCCUCUGUUUGUAUUCCAGGCCUCAGUCAUUUGAUGUAAUUGGCUUAUAGACUUUUAUGCAAUGGAGUUUUGCAGGGGAAAAGAAAGCAAAGAGCUUUGGAUAUGGAGAGUGAUUUGAUGCUUUUCUUGUGGCUUUUAGGUAUAUCCACACAAAGCCGAUAGGGCUAUUGAUUAUGAGAAUAUAUCAUAAGCGAAGGAGGCAGGUAGUGGGCAGAGAUAGGUAUUCAUUCCCGUGGACACCCUGCACAGCAUUGCAAGGAAUCUGAUCAUUCUUAAGAAAAUGAAAAAGUUGUGAGAGAAAUUUGUGCUUCGUUCCCUUUAGCAUAAAAGAAAUCCCACCCAUAAAGAAAUGCUAAAGAACUCCACUUUUGCUCACUCAAAUCUUCCUCACUAAUUAGUUUUGUGUUUAUUCCUUUUUCUUGCUCUGCUUAAGCUUUCUUGUUAAUCCUACCUACCGGUACAUCCAAUUCAUACCAAAAAAAAAAAAAUCCUCUCAUAAUAAAAUCUAUUUUUUGGCCUAAUAAUUUUUUUUUCUUAAUUUCUUGGUAAAGCUAUUAGCCAGUAUGUAAUUUCUUUUUUUUUUUUUUUUGGUCAGUAAUUUCUUGAAAUUUGUUCGAAUUGGUUAGGGAAAAGGUCUUGGUGCAUUUGUAUUUCCAAAAAAGAAUGAGAAUAAGAAUAAAGAGGAAGAAAUGUGAAAUUUAAGAUUUUUUGCGGGGUAAAUAUAUAAUUUCGUCGGAAUUCUUUCUCCCGCGUAUCUAGCGUGCAAUAUUUUAUAUGGAAUCUCACUCUCUUAAGUAAAAGCACUCUAAGCCAAUGAAUUUCUGCCACAUAAUUGUGCAAUUAAAGGUAUGACCCACGUGGUGAUGGUCCCUACUAUCAAUUCAAACAUGAAGUUAAAGCCUCCUCCUUCUUCAGCUUCCUCUUUUUCAUGUCCCCCCUUCACAGCCCAACACAAAGUCUAUAACUUGUCCAUAAAAUUCCGCGAAAUCAAAAUCAUGGAAACCAGCUCCAAACCCAAAAUUCAAAUCCCAAACAACAUGAAACAAUCAUCCUCGGAUUCACAGUCCCACGUCGACUCCCCCCACUCUCCUCUCCGACUCAACUCGCCCCUCCCUUCCGACCAGGGCGAUCCCCAUGAGUCUCCUCCCUUCGUCUCCCCCAUGAACUCCCCGGGAAAGUCUCCUCCGGUUGAUAACUCAAUGGCUAUUGUCGCUGUCGAUAAAUUCACUCAGUGCACUCCGCAACCGUCCCCUCGCCCCCACGAAAAUACUGCGUAUCCUCAGGCUUCGGCGAUGAUGUUUAACAGGGCAAUGAGAGAAGAAGGGCCGCCAGUCGUUGGGAAGGUGAGGCCUAAUGGGAGAUCGGCUGUGGUGGAUUCCUGGAAAUCAAGGAGAGAGGAUACGAUGAAGGUCGCUGAGUUAGGGUUUAGAAUUAGUGAGGUCGUCUUGUGCUUGAUCUCGUUCUCGGUUAUGGCAGCUGACAAGACUCAGGGGUGGAGUGGUGAUUCCUAUGAUCGGUACAGAGAAUACAGGUAUUGCUUGUCUGUGAAUGUUAUAGCAUUUGUAUAUUCAGGAUUCCAAGCUUAUGAUCUUGGCUACCAUCUGGCCACAGGCAAACAUGUGAUACGGCACCACCUACGCUAUCAUUUUAAUUUCUUUAUGGAUCAGAUACUGGCGUAUCUUCUGAUAUCAGCUGCUUCAUCAGCAGCCACGCGGGUAGAUGACUGGCAAUCUAAUUGGGGAAAGGAUGAGUUUACAAAGAUGGCUAGUGCUUCAGUCGCUAUGGCCUUCCUAGCUUUUAUUGCCUUUGCUGUUAGCUCCCUCAUUUCAGGUUACAACUUAUACAACAAUAGCUCGAGUUGAUCUCAGAGGCAGUUUCAGAUUGUAUCAAAUAAUGUUGUGGGGAAAGGAAUUAAGUAAAUGUUAAAUGCCAAUCAUUUUUUAUUCUGUACAGAGACAGACAGCAUUUUUUUCAACCUUUGUUUCUCUUUUUCUCUCCUUUUUUUUCUCUUUUUCUCUCCUCCUUUUAGCGAUAGUGAAAAAGUGAACAUUUGGAAUGUAUAUGAACGUUACUAAGCCAUCAAUAACAGAGCAUUUUAGCAGGUAUUGUUUGAUUA